AUGAAAGACUUGACGAUUAUCGACUUUUCACAUAACCAACUCAGAGAGGUUCCUCCAAAUCUUGAGUACGCCAAAGGUGCCAUAGUUCUCAAUCUAAGUCAUAAUAACAUCGAGAAUAUACCGAAUCAGGUGUUUUCAAACCUGAUCGACUUGUUAUUUUUGGAUUUAUCCAAUAACAAAUUGGAUAUGCUACCUCCUCAAAUUCGAAGGCUAACCAUGGUGCAGGAGCUGAAGCUGUCGAAUAAUCCACUUCAUCAUUUCCAAUUGAAACAGCUACCAAGCAUGACCUCCCUUAGAGUUCUACACAUGCGUAACACCAACAGAACCCUCGAAAACAUUCCUCCAUCCUUAGAUGAUCUAGAGAAUCUUAGAGAUAUCGACUUUGCUGAAAAUAAUCUUCCUGCUAUACCUGAGGCUUUAUUCAAGUUGAAAAACUUGAGGAAAUUGGACAUCAGUGGCAAUAAGAUCGAGAAAAUAUCAAUACCGGAAGGAAGCUGGGAAAUGCUGGAAACUUUGAACAUCAGCGGAAAUGGUAUGACGGCUCUACCAGAUGGGCUUGUUCGUCUCACAAAGUUGCAGAGGCUCUACGCCAGUGAUAACCGCCUCACGUUUGAUGGAAUACCAAGCGGUAUUGGAAAGCUCGUGCAGUUGAUAGUUCUUCACCUAACACGAAAUAAUUUGGAGUUGGUACCGGAGGGUAUCACACGGUGUGUUCGACUUCAGCGACUUCGACUUAACCACAAUCGGCUCAUCACGCUACCCGAUGGUAUCCAUCUUCUUCCUGAUCUCAAAGAACUCGAUCUCACUGAGUAA